AUGAAUGUCCUUAGGGCGCGUCUCUUAGCUAACGGGCGCCUGGUAAACGCUGUCCCAGCAACACCAGCAACUCGCGCGGCGGUUGUAUUCCCACAUUCGUUUGUGCGGAGACAUGUUUCUGGUCCUCCUGUCUCAUGGGAGGAUCCUGAGGUCGACCCCCAACUCAACGGAUACCCUCAGCUUCCCGCCGUCUCGCAUCAACAUCGUCCCCCAUAUGGCUGGGAUGACGCCCAGGAGCGUAGGAAUAUCGGGGAGCCACUUCACGAAGAUUACGAUGUUCUGAGUGUGUGGGCGUACGAUCACUACAGGAUUCCUGGAUCUACCGCCCUUCGUGAAAUAGGAAUUGCUGCCAUUUUUUUCAGUCUCUUUGCUGCUGCAGUCUACGCUGUUACACCAGAGCGACCCGCCUUACCGCGAACCUAUCCAUAUUCUGGUCUUGUUAAAGAGUUAGGCGGUGUGGAGGAGAAUAAGGCUCUGGAGGAAUCCCUGGAAGAAGAUUAAACAAUUCGGGUAGAUAGUAUAUAGUGAUUAAAUCGAAAGAAUAAUGUGGCGUAGGUGAACGAGAUGACAGAAGUCACAAUUUUAUUCUGUCGAUGAGGGUUCAUUUUCGUGGGGUAUUGGCCUCGGCUUGGGUUUCGGCCUGGGCCUUAGUUUCACUUUCAUCGGUCGAUCAGGUACUUCGGUCACCUCAGGUGCGCCAUCUUCGUUCGGAGUACUCUCAACUUCGUCGGAGCUGUGGGCAGCCCUUCGUUUCUUUGGAACGACUUUGCUCGUUGGUGCUUUCUUCCGCUUCGACGAUGACGAAGUAGUCUUCCCACGCCCCCUGCCUCUGCCACGGCUAUGGCUUCGUGUCGAGGGUCCUGCCAAUGCUUCACUAUCUGGGGCGCGGAUUGCGAUUUCGGGUGUUGGACCGUCACUGGAUUCUGCGGGGGACACUCUUCUGGCUUUUUGUUCUCUCCGGAACUCAUUGACCACGUUCUGUAACCGUUUAGAGGCGUAG